ACAGAAGCAUACUGUCAGCUGCUCAGCUGUCAUUUUCAGUUAAAAUUUUGUUGUGUCUGGUUUCCUAGAACGGAGAGUUGCAAAAUAUUAAAUUAUUUUUAUACUUUUAUAAAAAGGUUAACAAACAUAAUAAACCGCAAUUCAAAUUAGCGUAAACAGCAAAAAUGGCAGAUCUUAAGAAUGAUGUUGAUAGCGAUUUGGAUCAGAAUUACUCCUUGAGUAGUAAUACGGAUCCGAAAAAUAUGCAGGAAUUAACAAUAUAUGUACAAAACCUGCUACAAAAUGUACAAGACAAAUUCCAAACAAUGUCGGAUCAAAUAAUCACUCGCAUCGAUGAUAUGGGCAAUAGAAUAGAUGACUUAGAGAAAAGCAUUGCAGAUUUGAUGAAUCAAGCCGGCGUCGAGGGCCCGGAAAAGUAAACGCAUAAAUUUUGGAGCGACAUGUUAGCAUAGAUAUACAUAUGUUCAUGAAUCGUACAUUUAAACAUUGCUCAUAAUUUGACAAUUUGUCAAUGGAACACAAAUAUUUAUGUGUAUUCCAAAUCAAAUCAUGUAUUAUUGCACAUACAUAAAUAUACACCGACAUAGAAGUCGAUCACCACAAAUACGCACCAAAAAGCAGCAUUCAGUGCUGAUAAGAAUUGGCUUCAACAAAACACAAAACGUUUAAUUAAGUUCAUUAUCUUAAAUAAGUAUAUGAAAAAAAUAUAAAAGAUAAGAUUUUAAAACUUUUGUUACAAUUCAAAUGAAAAUAAUUAUUGAGCGCGUUGUAAUGUGCUGUAACAAGUUAGUAUUUAGUUAAUUCUCAUUGUAUAAUUGAAAAUAAUUUACUUUCCUUAGUUAGAAUUUUCAUUGGUCUUUGGAAAACUUGGAAUAAUAAAAGCAUUAAUUUUAAACCAUACAAA